ACCGUUUCCAUGGCGGCGAGGACUCACGCGCAGCAACCACUCCGCAACCGUAGGGUCCCAGACUUCGGCCCCGCGGGAGACCGUGGUCCCCGAGCGUGUCAGCAGCAUCGCCACCCCAGAGCCAGCUGCUGCCCGUGGAGAGCCAGACCCCACCUUCACGCUCUCGGUCCGUUGCGGAGACAUGGGCGACAUGGAGCUGCUGCUGCCGGGCGAGGCUGAUGUGCUAGUGCGGGGACUGCGCAGCUUACAGCUGCGCGAUGUGGGCUCCAGAGGGUGGAACCAGCAGCAUGAGAACCUGGAGAAACUGAACAUGCAGGCCAUCCUCGAUGCCACGGCCGGCCAGGGCGAGCCCAUCCAGGAGCUGCUGGUCACCCAUGGGAAGAUCCCAACACUGGUGGAAGAGCUGAUUGCAGUGGAGAUGUGGAAGCAGAAGGUAUUCCCUGUGCUGUGCAAGCUGGAGGACUUCAAGCCCCAGAACACAUUUCCCAUCUACAUGGUGUUACACCACGAAGCCUCCAUCAUCAACCUCCUGGAGACAGUGUUCUUCCACAAGGAGGCAUGCGAGUCAGCAGAGGACACCGUCUUGGACUUGGUGGACUAUUGCCACCGCAAACUGACUCUCCUGGUGGCCCAGGGUGGCCGUGGUGCCCCCCCUGAGGAGGAGUCCCAGCACAGCACCCCCAUGCAGGAACUGCAGAAGCAGGCAGAGCUCAUGGAAUUUGAGAUCGCACUGAAGGCCCUCUCAGUGUUGCGCUACAUUACAGACUGUGUGGACAGCCUUUCUCUGAGCACCUUGAGCCGCAUGCUCAGCACCCACAACCUGCCCUGUCUCCUGGUGGAACUACUGGAGCACAGUCCCUGGAGCCGGCAGGAAGGAGGCAAGCUGCAGCAAUUUGAGAACGGCCGUUGGCAGACAGUGACCCCCUCGGAGCAGCAAAAGCUGAGCAAGUUGGAUGGGCAGGUGUGGAUCGCUUUAUACAACCUGCUGUUAAGCCCUGAGGCCCGGGCCCGCUACUGCCUCACAAGCUUUGCCAAAGGACAGCUACUCAAGCCCUCUUGGUUAGCACCGCCUCACACUGGCCUCCCCUGGACACCCUUGCAGCUCCGGGCUUUCCUCACAGACACACUGCUGGACCAGCUGCCCAGCCUGGCAGACCUGCAAGCUUUCCUGGCCCACCUGGCCCUGACUGAAGCCCAGCCCCCUAAAAAGGACCUGGUGUUGGAACAGAUCCCAGAAAUCUGGGAGCGGCUAGAGCGAGAGAACAAAGGCAAGUGGCAGGCUAUCGCCAAGCAUCAGCUGCGGCAGGUAUUCAGCCCCUCGGAGCAGGACCUGAGGCUGCAGGCACACAGGUGGUCUAAGAUCUACCGGCUGGAUGUGCUCGAGGCAGUGGCUCCAGAGCGGCCCCGCUGUGCCUCCUGCAAUGCGGAGGCCUCCAAACGUUGCUCCCGGUGCCAGAAUGAGUGGUAUUGCUGCAGGGAGUGCCAAGUUAAGCACUGGGAGACGCAUGGAAAGGCUUGUGUCCUGGCGGCCCAGGGGGACAGAGCCAAGUGAAGGCUGCAGCUGCUGAGGGCCAACCACCCAUGCCGUACAACCCACUCGAGUGUUCCCCCCCCCCAAACCUCUGGAUCUCAGUCUGGCCUCUGCAAGUGCCCCAGCCUCCCGGGUGGUGAGGAUAGCAGGCGGGAAGAGCUGUUGACCCAUCUCCCCCCAGCUAAGCGCUCCCCACUUCCUGCUCUAUCAGGCGGGUUGGCUUAGGGUGCAGCCUCCCCAACCUGGGGCAGAAGCCCUGGGCGGGGGGGGGACAAGGGCCGGAUGUGGGGACCCUCUUCCUCUAGUACUGUAAAGUAAAACUAGCUUCCACGAA